GACCAGCCACAGCUCUGCAUGCUUCACUGGAAGUUAGACCUGUCACCCAAGAAAGAAACAAUGAAGUGAAGAUACAGAUCCUGUUCUGUUUGUGACGAGUAGAUCUUAGCCUAAGGAUCUAAAUCAAAGUCCUUGUAAAGUAGCAGAGUUCUCUGGUUAUGGACUUGGGAUCAGAUCUGCAAACAGUAUCAGGAGUUGAAAUGACAUAGAAAACUGCUACAAGCUCUGACUACAAAAUGAGAUUCUUCAACUUGAUGCUGAAAGGAGGAACUGGGUUUGAUUUAUUUAAAUACUGGUAAGUUCACUUCCUUGAAGGUGUCAUGGAUGCUCUCAUUGUCUCCAGUUUGAUGUGAGGUGGAAAUUUGUGGAUAGGUAGCUUUUCAUUUUGCUGGCAUCCAUGGCUAGUUAUCUACAUCUACAGAUAUCCAUCUGUCUGUCCGGGCAUCCAUCCAUCUCUGUCUCUCUCUCUUCCCCCUCUCCCUGUGCUUUGAUGAAAGGUGAGGCGGUAUCUGUAACAAACAUUUAGCUCAGAAUCUAGGCAUAUGGUUGCUAACGCUUUUUCUCAAAGCUGAACUGGAUAUGGUCAGCUACAUUUGGCUCUUAUAUUGAGCACAUUAGACAGGAAAGUUGGGACCUCAGGUAGAGUAGACGGGAAACAAAGUAUGACUGAUAGAAAGUCUGUUUUGCUUUGCUUAGCUUAAAAAAGCCUAAUGACAGGAGUAAACACAUCAAGGAAGAAGGUGUGAGCUGUAUGAAAUGUUGUGGUGGGGUCUUGUCUUGGUGGUUGUAUUUUGCAACAAGUACUUUUUUUGUUUGUUUGUUUUUGUUGUUACCCCCCCCCCACCUCCACUGUUUCAGUUAAACUUUAAUAAAAAUUUUAGUUAAACAUAAAAGUUGACUCAUGUAGGCGUGCUUACAAAAUCGGGGCACUUUAUAUCUCAAGUUGCACUUCAAGCAUAAUUUUUGUUUUUUUCUUUAUGGCUUAGAGACUAAGGAUCUGUUGGUCCCCUGAUAGUAACAAGUCCCUGUAGGUAGUGAUCAAUAUUGAAAAUCACUUAAAUAAAUUAAUAGCAAAGUGCUGAUAAACAAUUGAAGGUUCUAGAUGCUUUCUAAGCUACUAUCCUGAAUGAUUUGUCAUUGUGUUGGCCUUUACAACAAUCAGUCAUGUCCAUGUAUUUGUAAAUUAUUUACAAGUAAAAUCAUUUAAAAAGUUGGAGACAGAAAAUUUUGAAAAGAAAGCUACGGUUAUGCCUUUUGCACAGCUUCCUGAAGGACAAGUUUGCUUAGGGGCCCAAUAUGUCUUUAAAAGCUGUUCUUACCGUGUUUAAAGUUGGCAGUGUGUCUAAGGCAAGUAAAAAGGCAAGUUCUGUGAUGACAGGCAUCUUUCAAUGAACAAAAAGUAUCUUAAAUCAGGUCAACGUAUUUUCUAUUUCUGUUUUCAAGAUGUUAAUUUUAAAAAUUUGAAGGAGAAGUAAUAAGUCGUAUUUCAGCUACGGGAAGGUAAAUAUUAGGAAAGUAACUAGGAAAUCAAAACUUUUCUUUUUGUAGUAGAUCAAACCACAGAUAUGAUUGGUAGGUGGGUGGUUUGUUUUUUUUCUUUUUUCAUAAAGAUUUCGCGUACAAAAAUUUUUCCUUUGAGCUCAGCAAGCUUUGAGCUGAAAUAGUUUUUCAAACUAAGUGUGUAGGCAGUGUCAUCAGUGAAGUUGCUGUUCUCUCUACAUAAGUGAGACUUUUUGAGCCUCUGUAGCUGUGUCAUAGGGGCAUCUCAUACUGCUGUGACUGAGGUAGAAGGCAGUACAAGGCUAGUCGCUAGGUAUGUGAACAAACGUCUGUGUUUUAAACAAAGUUUCACAUUUAUGGAGUCUGAAUAAUGUUUCACUGUAUAUUCUUCUUAUGAAAGAACGCUUGUAAGAACCUUUUGUGUCACUUGAAACCGGAAUAAAAAUGCUCUGUAUAUUCUCAGAUACUGCAAAUACAAAAGCUGGAGGCUUCUUCCCUUCUUUCCAGAGUUUCCAAGUUUUAUCAUUGCAGUAUUUGAACUAGGGGGAAAGAAGUUUGUAAACAAUAGAACUUUUCCGAAAAUGUUGAGCUUUACCAUACGCUAUUGGAAAGACAUCCACCCUUGGUAUUUGAAGCCAGUAAUGAGUGCAAAACGUAAAGUUUAACCUGUUAGAUUGCUUACUUAUUUUUACCCUAAAUUUAGGCAUCGUUUACUUUUAGUAGUCAGCUCAGUCUUACAAAGUGGUUACUGAUGUCUGGCUUUGUUGAUUGCUUUGACAUGUGUAAUGUCGCCUUUUUGACAGAAACAAUAUUUUUCAAAUCUCUAGAGUUCUUGGUCAGUCUUUGCUGCAAGUUUUGUUAUUCUGCUUUUGUUUUAAGUAGUGUCUCCAGUGUAGGCACAAUUAUGCUCUUGCUUUUACAUUUAGGACGACUGUUGAAAAAAAUUAGCUUUGUGUUAGCAUGACUAUUUUGGUUAGUCAGAUUUUCAACCAAGUGAUUGUCCCCCUGUACUUGGCUCUGGUGAGGCUGCACCUCAAAUAGUGUGUUCAUUUUUGAGCCCCUCACUACAAGAAGGACCUUGAGGUGCUGGCGCAUGUCCAGAGAAGGGCUACGAAGCUGGUGAAGGGCCUGGAACACUAGUCCUAUGAGGAGCGGCUGAAGGAAGGGGAUUGUUUAGUUUGGAGAAAAGGAGGCUCAGGAGAGAUGUUAUUGCUCUCUACAGAUACCUUAAAGGAGUCUAUAGUGAGGUGGGGAUUGGGGUCUUUUCCCAAUCACCAAGUGAUAAGGGGAAAUGGCCUCAAGUUGUACCAGAGGAGGUUUAGGUUGGAUUUUAAGAGAAAUUUCUUUACUGAAAGGGUUGUUAGGCAUUGGAAUAGGCUGUCCAGGGAAGUGGUUGAGUCACCAUCCCUGGAGGUCUUCAAUAAAUGUGUAGAUUCAGAACUUAGUAGCAUGGUAUAGUGAAGAACUUCAGUACUAGGUUAAAGGUUGAACUAGAUGAUCUUAGAGAUCUUUUCCAAACUGAAAAAUUCUAUGAUUCUAUUGUCCAAAUAAUCUGUUUUGUACAAUCACUUUUCCCCUUUUCAUUUUUUUACAGGUAAACUGGAAUGUCAAGAAUGAUGAUCAACUCUGACAAGUUACAGGAAAAACACUUACAAGGCAACUAAAUAAAGGCUAUGCAAAAGAUGACAUCUGCAUUUUUGCUUAUUGGUCAUCUAAUUCUACUGAUACCUUUGUUCAGUGCUGAAGAGUGCAUUAUUUGUGAUUACUUUGUGCUUGUUGGAGAGCCUACAGCUAUCAGUUGCCCAAUAAUAACAUUGCCAGCGCUUUACUCUGAUUACAAUGUGACAUGGUAUAAAAAUGGUAGUGAUACACCCAUAACCACAGAGAGACAUGCCAGGAUCCAUGCGCGAAAGGGUUUGCUUUGGUUCAUUCCUGCAACGCUGGAAGAUUCUGGACUUUAUGAAUGUGAAGUAAGGGGUCUUAAUCGCUCUAACCAGAAAACUAUAAAUUUAAAGGUUUUUAAGAACGAUAAUGGUUUGUGUUUUAAUGGGAAAAUGAAGUAUGACCAAGUGGUGAACAGCGCAAAUAUUGGAAAUAUUAUAUGCCCUGAUCUAGAGAAUUUUAAAGAUGAAGACAAUGUUAAGCCUGAAGUACACUGGUAUAAGGAGUGUAAGCCUGGAUUUCUAGAAGACAAGCGAUUUAUGUUGGCAGAGGGCGAAAAUGCUGUCCUGAUUCACAAUGUAUCUGUACAAGACAAAGGAAACUACACAUGCCGUAUGGUAUAUACAUACAUGGGAAAACAAUACAAUGUUUCACGAACCAUGAGUCUAGUGGUUAAAGAAAGCCCACUGCAGAUGAGACCAGAAUUUAUUUAUCCAAGGAACAAUACAAUUGAAGUGGAGCUUGGCUCUCACGUAGUCAUGGAAUGCAAUGUAUCCUCUGGCAUAAAUAGCUUGAUUCCAUACUGGGAAGUUAACGAUGAAUAUGUUGAUGACUUUGAUAGCACCUAUAGGGAACAGUUUUAUGAAAAGGGGAUGCCUCAUGGAAUUACUGUAGCUGGAACAAAAUUUAACAUUUCAAAAGUGAAACUAAAGGAUUAUGCCUAUAAAUUUUUCUGUCAUUUCAUAUAUGAGUCUCAACAAUUUACAUCAUACAUCAAAUUGGAACGCCCAGCUCAGAACAUCCAGGGUUACUUGAUUGGAGGAGGAGUUUCUUUGGUAUUUUUAGUGUUUGUUACACUCAUUAUCUACAAGAUCUUCAAAAUUGAUAUUGUGCUUUGGUAUCGGAACUCCUGCCAUCCUUUCGUGGGUGAAAAAGCUUCAGAUGGGAAGAUCUAUGAUGCCUACGUUCUGUAUCCAAAGAACAGAGAGAACUGCUUGUACUCAUCUGAUAUUUUUGCUCUGAAGAUACUGCCAGAGGUCUUAGAAAGACAGUGUGGAUAUAACCUCUUUAUAUUUGGGAGGAAUGAUUUAGCAGGAGAAGCUGUCAUCAGUAUUGCAGAUGAAAAAAUCCGUCAAAGUAGAAGAGUGAUAGUUAUUUUAGUACCAGAACCAUCAUGUUACAGUAUUCUAGAAGACGCGUCUGAAAAGCAUCUAGCCAUGUAUAAUGCUCUUAUCCAGGAUGGUAUUAAAGUAAUUCUGAUUGAACUUGAAAAAAUACAAGAUUAUACUAACAUGCCAGAAUCCAUCAAAUAUAUUAAGCAAAAGUAUGGGGCUAUCCGAUGGAAAGGUGACUUCUCGGAAAGGUCUCGUUCAGCAAGUACCAGAUUCUGGAAAAAAGUACGUUAUCACAUGCCGUCCAGAAAACGUGGAUCUUCAUCAGGAUUUCACUUGUUACCAUAAAAUACCAAUUCUUCCUAAAUAACAGCAGAAAAAUGACAAUCACUGCCGAAGUUCAUUAUAAUUAGUGAUGGAUGAAUUGAAGGUCAUAUGUAUCUGUUUUGUACAGACAAUCUCAUCCAGAUUUUCUGGAUCGAAGGUACUACAGCUUUGUCUACAGAUGUGAAUCACACUUUCUUCUGGCCAAAUCAACAGAAUGUCUUGAAAUACCAUCAGUAGCACACUGAUGACAUGGAAGCCAUAUAGGAAGUACAUAAGGAUACAGAGAAUACAUUCUCUUUCAAGAGAAUUGCACUGUGAUUUGUUGGAAUAUUUUUGACUUUAAAAAUAGAAGGGGGAAAAAAGAGAACUUCUUUCCAUCAGUUUAAGGUUGAAUAUGAAGGGAACUGUAUUAAUUAUAAUUGUGAUGUUAUGUAAUGGGCUUGGUUGAUGCCAGUAAAUGUUUGCGCUUUUUUUUUUUUAAUGAAAUGACAUGAAUCUUAUUUGUUACAAGUUUGUUAUUUGCUGCUUUGUUCAAUUUGCUCUAAGAUAAUUCCAUCUGUGUUAGUGCGUCAGUGUGGUAUCAUCCUAGAGAAAAGGUAAGAGACAAUCCCAACCCCCCAAAAAUACUAUUCAACUUGGCAAAGCAUAGAUUCUCUUACCUGAUCUUUUUUACGUUUUAAAGAACUGCAUGGUUUUCAGUCACUUAUCCCACUCAGACAUCAUAAAAUAAUAUUAUAUUGCUGUACCAGGUCAUAAAAAUCUUAAAUCUCCAGAGGACUUUUUUUUUUUCCAGUUAUGUGGCAUAAUAUGUUCUUAUUAGCCAUGUGGAGCAAUGAGCUCAUGACACAUUCUCUCAUGCAGAGUGCAGGAUGGUUGGCUUCAUCCCCCUCUCCUUAGGGAGCAGAGGGCUUCAGUGCACAGGCAACACAGCUGGGCAGUUUUCAUGGGAUGCCAUUGGUGAAAGAGAGCAGGUCUCCCCUCCUGUUCCCAGCCAGGGUGCUGGCUUUAGCAUUUGUCACCUCUGAAGACUGAAGCUGCCUGAACGGACUAACACGGCAGAAAUUCUUUUCCUUGUAGCUUUCUCCCAGGUCAAUGAGUUGAUCUGGUUCCUAGAGGGGUCCAAGUGCAAUGGCAGAAGUAAAGGGAUAGUGUGGUCAUGCUUUUUUGCUCCAUGUGCAUUUAGAAAAUAGAGCUAAGAUAACGUUGCUCAGUACUUAGAGAGUGAGAGAGAUGGCCUGUGUUAUUGCCUGUAGCUGUUUGCUUUUCUUUUUUCCCCUCUCCAUUGAUGUUGUAAGGAAUCUAAGAUGACUGGGCACCUAAUUUGGCUGGGGUCAGAUGAAUUUAUGCUAGAGUAGCAACUUUUGUGCAGCUGUUUGGGAAAGGAAUUUUUUUAAACUUACUGCGGAUGUCAAAUGCUUUUCCUUUCCCUCUUUUUUAUUUUUUUUAGCAAUAUUGUGUACAACACAAUUUUGUUAGCUCUGAAGCUAAGAUGCUAUAGACAGUGAUGUAGUUCGUAAUAAUAAAUUCUUUUGCAGGGAAUUGAUUGUUAAGAAAUUAUCAAAUCUCUUUAAAAUCAUGUUUAUAGCUAUGAAUUUUACAGGAAUGAGAGAUGUGAGUGCUAAAUCGCGUGUGCUUUUCAGUGUAUGCUCAAAAGUUUACAUUUUUAAGUUAAGAGAUUUGUUUUUGUAUGGAAGCUUCAGCGAGUGUCUGUUACAAGUGGGCUGUGUGCUCGGAGCAUAAGGCAUAUUUGGUCCUCCUGAACAACUUAGACAAUUUCAGAGUUUGAAUUGUAUAUUAAUCUGGAAACUAACCCAUGGUUCAAGUUAGUUUACACAGGCAUUGCUUUGCUUCUGUGGCUAGUGAUUUUUGCCUUUUUUUUUUUUUAAUAGUGUUUGGGGAAGAUAAAUAUUGCACCAUUUUUGUGAUUUUUAAAAUGUAGGUUUAAUGAACAAUUGACUGCAUUUCCAAGGAAGAAAUAUGACAACUCUGCUAAUUGUGCAGUAGUAGGAAAAAGGCAAAAGGUUUGUUACUAAUUUUAAAAUGAAGUCUUGGCUUACAUGGCAGUUGCAAAGCAUGCAGGUAGGCAUAGGUAAGGCAGAGACCUAUGGUGAUUUUUCUUGAUACAAGUCACAAUAACAAGGUAUUUCUAACUCUAGCUUUUCCAUAUGUUAAAUUAAAUUUAGCUGGGUUGGGGGGGGGGAAGCUGUGUAUACUAACUCUUCUGUGAUUGUUUGCUCCAGUGAUGAUAAUUAUCCUACUACAGACGUUCAAGAGAAGACUUCUGAGUAGAUUGUGAUGAUUUAUUUGUAGCAAGAGUUUCAGAUCUGCCUUUAAUUGCUGCUUGCAACUCUGAAUUCCUGUUUGUGUUGUAUUAGCUUCUGUCUGGCAGCACCUUUUGUUCUCCUCCAACUCAAGUUUCAGCAAAUCUUUUCUCAUACAACUCCCUUACCACAGAACAACUAGCUUACUACUGUGUCAAAUUCCAGUGCUUUCCAAGCUGUACUUGAAGGCUGUUGUUAAUUACAGUAUUAGGCAGAAAUUUUGUCUUUGAGUUGAUCCUUUGGUGUCAUUUGUUCAUCUGAAAAAAAUAAUGCUCUGCAUCAUUCGGAAUUCUUCUGCUCUUUGAAGACUGCUUCCUUCAUUUUGACACUACAGUAUUUAUUGGCUUUUUCUUCUUUCAUGGCUUUUCUUCCCUCCGUUCUCAACCAAAAGAAACUGAUAAUAUGAGGUGUCAUCCCACGGAACUGCCCAGUGACCAUGGGAUGCUGUGACUCUCUUGUUCUGCCUCACUGGUGACAAAAACAAUGGAAAUAGCUUCCUCUCCCACCUGAAGUUAUUUGGUUACUUCCGUGUGUGCUGGAAAUUUGAAACUCUGCUUCUGGGGGACAGUGCCUUCUGAGCUUCAAGCUUUGUGUGUUGAGUGUGUGUCUGACCAGACUGGCAUAAGAAUCUCUUCACAGGAAUGGAAAAAUGUGCAUUUGAAAUGUCAAGAUAUCUCCAACUUUGACGAUAAUGGAAUGUUUUAUUGAUGAAUGUCAUGUAUGUACAGACCAACGCAUAUGCCUAUCUUCUGUUCUCAUUCUAUGUUUUGUACAAGACAAAAAAGUCAGGGAAGAAACACUUUCGGUCAUGAAGUGCCACAUUCACUUAGCUGUUGCACUCAAUCUCGUUUUCAAUAUGGUGUGUGUUUGGUGGCAGCCUGUUGGGGGAGAGGGUAAAAGAGCCUUGAGAUCCAUCCCAAGUUACUGAGAUCCAUCUGGGAAAGGUGAAUGUUAUGUGUGAUGUGUGAAUUGUUAUGGUUCACAUUGACAGAAGAAUUCAGUGGGACAGAAGCUGUGCGGUUUGGUUUUGGAACUCUUGUCAGAAGAUUCCUUUAUCAAAUGUGAAGACUAGACACUGGAAGUAUUGUAUUUAUACCCUGAGGACUAGGGCAUAAUAUUGACUUUGCAUUUUCUACCUUGACAGUUUGUGGUUUGCAGGCCAGCCAACAGAGCUCCAGCAACAUCUGGCCUCCUGAAUUUUUGUUUUUGCUGUCUGGAAUAGAUUGUAUGAAAAACUGCUACUUGUUAUGCCUACCUUGGGUGGAAAGUUACUUUACUGAGCCAAAAUACUGUUUGUUUGGUUUUUUUUUGAUACUUGUUUCUUUUGCUAUAUUUAUAUGACUGCUGAAGUUUUCCUGUGUGUUAUAUAAAGACACUUUGAAGAGAGGUCCAUUUUUAAUUCAAUAAAACACUACAUAAUUUUUUCUUACA